AUGUCAUUUGACUGGGAAGCGCGUACCAAAGUACUUACAAAGCUCUCUAAGCAAGAACGUCUCACUAGAUCCGAGGCUCAGGAGAUGGCUCGUCAGAUCCAGACUGAUCACAUCUAUAUCAUCAAGAAGACAGGAACCAUAACGGGCCGCCCCAGUGAUAAGCUCGACUAUCCGAUGACUCAUCAACAUUACGAGAUCAUACACGAGUCCACUGAUCGACCGAACACGUUCAAGUUGCGGCUAUCCGAUCAGUGGCGAGGCUCGAAGUGGUUCUACGCUGAUCGUCUGUGCAAGUAUGCAAAUAACCCGGUGCCGGGUCAAGCCACCGACGAACCUAACGGCGUGAUCAUUGAUCCUAACCUUAGAGAAGAGGAAUGGGAGCUCACGAAUGUCCUUACCUCGCGGUUUCACUACAACAAGCUUCAGUACCAAAUCCUCUGGAAAGGAUGGGACCCUGAUGGGCUUUGGUGCCCUGCUGGCGACUUCAAGAACUCAGCGGAACUUUUGAAGGCUUAUCAUGACGAGUACCCUGAUGCUGCUGGCCCGCCGGCACGUCUCGAACACUGGCUUCAGGCGGCUCAGAGUGACGAGUUCGAUCCACCGCAUCCUGACAAUGACAAGCCGGCCAAGAUAACGAGAUCAAGAAUGUGUCAUCGUGGCUAA